UACGCAAAAGGUAAUUAACAAAUUUAUUAUCGUACACCCGUUCCAUGUGCUACGUGUACAUUUACAACGGUGAGAUAGAAUUUUUAUAUGCCGUGAAUGUGAUUACGUAUAUUCGUGAAUUGUUGGAACGAUGCGAUCUCUCGAGAAAGACUAGUUGCUCUUCUCCGCGCGCGUUCAAGAUUUUUCGAAUGCGUUCGAGUAUCGAAUGCGCCGCUUGAAGUUGCCGCCCGCGGGACGUCGCUUCUGCUAGCGCGAUAACUUCAGGGCGAAGUUGCUAGAUCCCCGUGGUUGCAAAAACAUCGCCCGGAGUACGUCGGCCCUUCCACCGCUCCGGUCAGACGGUCACUGCUUUUUCGCGAGUAAGAAUUCUGCAGGUGCGGAAAACGUAAAGAAUGGGAUUCGGCGGCACGUUGUACAAUCUCGUCCUCAGACGCACGUCCACGUUCACGAUCGCCGUCUUAGCCUCCGCCUUCGUGUUCGAGAGGGCAUUCGACAUGGCCUCCGAGAAGAUUUUCGACAAUAUUAACAAAGGGAAACAAUGGAAGGAUAUCAAGCACAAGUACGAGAAUUGAAUGGGGUACAUUAGGGACAAUAUGAAUUAGAUCUACAGAUAUAUGUUCUACGUCUGGAUGUGUAAAUAAAUAACAAAUUAGGUGAAU